AUGCGACUUAUAUCUGGAGAUAAUAGCCGUGCGAUGCUUGAACGAACUGCUUUUACAAAGUGGAUCUUAGACAUUGGUGAUGGUACGAUAAAUGACGAUGGUAGUGGUGAAGCCGUGAUUGAUAUUCCUGAUGAUCUGUUGAUUAAAGACUGUAAAGAUCCUAUAAAAACGAUCGUCAAAGAAAUUUAUGGGAGUUCGUUUUCGAAAAAGACUGAUCCUAAAUUUUUCCAAGACCGUGCCAUACUGAGUCCAAGAAACGAUGAUGUAGAUACAAUAAAUGAUUAUAUGCUUUCAAAGUUAUCGGGUGUUGAAAGGACCUAUCUUAGCUGUGAUAGCAUUGAUACGACUGAAGAAGUUGUCAAUUACAAUGAUGCAUCUGAAGUACCCUCAGAGAGUGUAGCCAGUAAGAAUAAAGGUGACUCCAACAAUAUGAUUUAUACCGAGGAGUUUUUAAAUAGUAUCAAGAUGUCUGGUUUCCCUAAUCAUGUCCUGAAGUUGAGAGAGGGUACUCCUGUAAUGCUUCUAAGAAAUAUCAACCCUAAGAAUGGGUUGUGUAAUGGCACAAGACUCAUCAUUAUUAAGAUGGCUAAUUAUGUUCUCCAGGCUCAGAUAAUAACAGGUAGCAAGGUUGAUGAAAAGGUACUGAUUCCUAAGAUAUUCCUCUCUCCUUCGGAGAUGAAACUUCCUUUCAGGAUGAGACGCAAGCAGUUUCCUAUCACAUUAGCUUUUACAAUGAUUAUAAACAAAAGCCAAGGACAGACACUCGAAAAGGUUGGUUUGUAUCUUCCAAGACCGGUUUUUACUCAUGGGCAACUCUAUGUCGCUGUAUCGAGGGUUACAUCAAGAGAAGGUUUGAAGAUAUUGAUCACCGAUAAAGACAACAAACCACAAAACAAAACAUUGAAUGUCGUCUACAAGGAGGUUUUUGACAAGAUAUGA